CGGAGCUGCCAUCACAUUUGGUGUGGUAUCCGUCUAGACUUCAGUUGCAUGCCAUCCACCUUCACGUCCAUCCGCACUCAGCCCAGCACAUUUGGAAGCAAACCGACAGCCAGACCCAACAUGUCCUCGCACGCGGCCUUGAGCGCAGCAGCCGACGAGCGCAAGGCCCGUCUCGCCCAGCUCAAGUCUCUCAAGCGCAAGCAGUCCGCCGCCGUCGACGAAGACUCGGACGCACGCGCACCCUCAUCCGCAUCCGUAUCCCGGGACGACGACCACGGCUCUCCUCCCGCCACAGCCACCACAGCACAAACAACAACAGCAUCAUCAUCCACCACCUCCAAAGACGACGCAGCCGCCCUCCAGCACCUCUCGGGGCGGAACUACGACCCGCUGACGCGCGGCGCCAAGCUGGGCUUCGACGCGCCGCCGACGCUGAACCUGAAGCAGCCGACGCUCGAGCAGCAGGCGGCGCAGCUCGAGGAGGCGGCGCGCGCGCAGGAGAGCGGCGGCAGCGGCGGUGGCGGCGCGCUCGACGCGGCGCGCGGCAUCGACCUGCUGACGCUGCAGCCGCGGCGGCCGAACUGGGACCUGAAGCGGGAGCUGGCGGCGCGGAUGGAGGUGCUGAACGUGCGGACGGAGAACGCGAUCGCGCGGCUGGUGAGGGAGAGGCUGGCCGAGAGGAAGAAGGAGGCGGAGGAGGCGAGGGGGGCCGGGGCGGCGGCUGGGGAGGUAAUGGGGGCCGGUGGGGAAGGAGGGGAUGCGGACGGCUUGUUGGAUGGGGCGGCGUUUGUGGAGGGGAUAAGGAGGCGCGAGAGGGAGGAGGAGGAGGAGGCGAGGAGGGAGAGGGAGGCGGAGGCGGAGGAGUUCGGGACGGCUUGAGUGCGGUUGGAGGAGCAGGCAAGGACAAGGACGAGGGACAAGAGAUUGGCAACGGGAUAAUUUGGCACACUCGGUGGGUUGUUCUGUGGCGAUCGCAAUCGGGUGUAUGGCGGAAUUUGCAUGGGCGGCGGCUGAGCUUUUGCAGCCGGUCCUACAAAGAAGUAUGCUUAUACAAAACCCAGAUCCCCCUGGUCCUAUCUUCCCCGAUUCAUCGCCUGCGUCAGAGCUAACCUCUUGCUAUAGGGGCUGAGGCUUCUCUCCCGCGGGGGAGAGCGCUGCCGCGGCGGCGGUGGCGCGACACUGGUCCUGCCCUGGUGACCCCAAUCUUCCCUGUCUCGAUAGCGACUCCCUGGGUUCCGUCCAACCCUGUCUUCCCGUCCCAUCGGAGAUCUGGAUCUAGAGUAUGUGCGCCUCGCGAUAGCGUCCCUAGAAUAGUCGUCGGGAUCGGGAGAGCCAUAGCGGCGACGUGGAGGCGACAGAGACCGGCGCGGCGAAGGAGAAGGCAGCGGGCGUGAGCGUCUGUCCGGAGAACGGCGCGCUGGGCUUUCCGAGGGGCCA